CCGCCAGCGCAUCAAUAAUUCAGCACCGCCAGCGCUCUCGGGCACGCGGCACGGCGGCGCUCCCCCGCAGCAGCAUGCGUGCCGGCCGGGGGGGGCCUGUCCCCUCCGUGCUGCAGCUGCAGCAGGGCCUAGGCAUGCUCCUGUAGCCAACUCCGACCUGUUCGGGGUUGUGGGGCUGGGAGCGGGUGCACCAGGGAUCAUGGGAUGCUCCCCACCCCAGGGUGGGGGGUACAGCUGGGGGGUGGGCGUCUUCCAGACCGGAGGGGCUGAGUCAGGGGGCUGCCAUUGCUGGGAAGGGGGGAAACCUCCCCAGGGAGCUAGGCCGGUCACCUGGCAGGUGCUGCAUGGAGCAAAGCAGCUGCAGGAGGGCUUGCAGAGCUGGGACCCCCGGGGCAGGGAGCAGAGCCCAGGGGCUGCCGGCAGGUCCCAGGAGUCGAGCCCAGAUCCCAGCCACCUGCCUGGGAGAGGCCACCCCAACCCCAGCUUUGCAGCUCUUUGGGGGGCCUAUAUGGACUCCAGCCUCUGUCUGUCUGUCCUGGGGGCUGAGCAUGGGACCCCGCUGAGGCCAGGGCUCUGCUCGGAGGCUGUGAGAGCCACGUGGCUCCUGAUGCCACGACUAGGAGAGGGACACCGGUGCUUCCGUCUUGUGUGCUGCCUGACUGCACGUGUCUCCAUGCCUGGUGCCUUGUGUGUCCUCACGUGUGCGCCGCCACCCUGAGCUCACCGGCCCGUCUGCAUGACUGAGCUGGGCCUGGGUUUGGGUCACCCCCUACCCGGGCUGCAGGCAGUGGCAGUGGCAGGGGGGGGGGGGGUGGGAGCCGGCGGGAAGCCUGGAGCAGGCGCCGGCUGUGUCGUGCUGUGGACCGAGUCGGCUCUGGAGCAACAGGCUGGAAAACGCCGCGGGGGCAGCCCCGUGUGUCCUGAGCUGUGCAAAGGCACAGGGGGCCAUGGCCCUUGAAGGGGAGUCCUGUCUCUUGCAGCAGGGCUCCCUGCCCACCCCUUCCAGCCCAGUCAGCAGCCUUGCGGGCAAUGCUCGGCAUCAGGCAUCCAGCUGCCGGCGGCGUGGAUGGUUCCUCCGGCACGUGGCUGGGACGUGGCCGCCUGGAGAGGAGCUGGGAGCCUGAAUCCAGGCCCAUGCAGCGCUUGGUACCAACUGGGCCGUACCCUGGGAUCUCUGCUUGCAGCCGGCACCGCGCGGGCCACGACCUUCCGGCACAUGGAGCCGGCUGAAAUGGCUCUGCCCUGAACCCGGUGCCUCGAGGGCCCCGGUCACCCCCCGGCUCAUGGCACCUCCGCUUGCCUUGCAGCAGCUCCCCCCGUGCCGCGAGCCUGCCGCAGACCGUGCAUCCUGCUCGCAGCCGAGGAGCCGGGGCUGCAGCCUGGUAGCUCGUAGCCGAGCCGCCUGGCCAUGUCCGGCCAGCGCGGCGCCUGCCUCUGGAAGCCCACGCCCGGCCCCGGCUGGUCGGUCCAGUGGCUCUCGGAGGCAGAGAUGCAGGAGCAGCAGGAAAGGUAGGCCGCCCGGGGGCAGGGACCUAGAGCAAGGAAGAGGAAGGAAGUUUUCGGCGCUCCCCAAGCCCCGUGGGAGCCGGGCCUGGGAUGCAUCUGAGCCUUCGGCAUCUUGCAGCCCAGCACGGCAUGGGGCCAGACGUCACGGGAUCCUGCAGCAUGGCCUGGCCUCCUGUGGAGCUCUGCUGGGCUGGGUGCCAGUACCGGGACCCUGCCUGGGUGUGUGGGGCAGGUCCCUGUGGCCACGGGGUCAAAGGGCACGUCUGGAAGGGGAGCUGGGUGCAAGGUCUGGGUCCUGGGUCAGCCUGCCUCGAGGCGUCCUGGUUCUUGGUGCUGUGCCCACAUGGCAGGGAGGAGGUCUUGCUCGGGGAGCCAGGCAGGGAUGGGGAGGGGGCUGUGCUUUGUAGCCCCACGGGACAGAGAUAGCGUCUUCCCCCCCGCAUCGUGUGGCCCCCUCUUGCCCCCACCAGGAGCACAGCCCCUGCAUCUGCCCUGCCAGGGCAGGACGGUGCUGCCCAGCCUGGCAUGGCGCAGGGGGCCUGGGUCAGGCCGCGGGCACUGGCUCGUUUGGGGUGAGAGCAGCUGGGGCCACAUUUGCACCGCGGGGCACCGGGAGGGGUUGUACAGGGUGGGGGAGUUUGGAGGUCAUCCGAGUCGCAGGGGCCAACAGGUGUGGGUGGGGGAGCUGUGUGGCAGGGCCAGGGCACGGGGCCAACUGCCCGGGCAUGGGGCAGGGGCCACAUCCUAGGAUGAGCCCUGUGCACAUCUGGCCAGCACCUCCUGGACUUGCCCCCUUCUGUGUGGGGUGUGUCUCCCCCUGCUCCCUUCUGCGGGGCACCCCUUCCCCCGCGCUCACCCCAGCCCUCAAUGCCAGCGCAAGGCUGAUGGGGCCUUUCCUGAUCCAGCCUAGCAGAGGGGCACCGGGCAGGCGCAUCCCCUGUGGCAGCCUCCCCGAGAGCCCGGCCACCCCAUUGCCCCUGCCCGGCCACUGGGUCUGGGGCCGGUGCCCAGGAGCAGGGUGUGAUGGACUAGGGGCUGGGGCACCGGGGUCCCAUCCAGCUCUGGGCGCUGGUCUGGGAUGCUGGGGUCCAGGCAGGGUCAAGGGAGGCUGGGGCGUGGGGCCCGGGCUCUGAUGCGUGUCUCUUUGCCCAGCAGAGCCAUGCUGGCCAACGCGGCCACGAUGCGGAUCUUGGUCCGGGGGGGCAAGGUGGUGAAUGACGACUGCACGCUGGAGGCGGACGUGUACAUCGAGAACGGCGUCAUUCAGCAGGUGGGCCGCGAGCUCAUGAUCCCCGGCGGCGCCAAGGUCAUCGACGCCACGGGCAAGCUGGUCCUGCCCGGUGGCAUCGACACCAGCACCCACUUCCACCAGACCUUCAUGAACGCCACCUGUGUGGACGACUUCUACCACGGCACCAAGGCUGCCCUGGUUGGGGGCACGACCAUGAUCAUCGGGCACGUGCUGCCGGACAAGGAGAUGUCGCUGGUGGAUGCCUACGAAAAGUGCCGGAGCCUGGCUGACCCCAAGGUUUGCUGUGACUACGCCCUGCACGUUGGUAUCACCUGGUGGGCGCCCAAGGUGAAGGCAGAGAUGGAGACGCUGGUGCGGGAGAAGGGGGUGAACUCGUUCCAGAUGUUCAUGACCUACAAGGACCUCUACAUGCUGCGGGACUGCGAGCUUUACCAGGUCUUCCGCGCCUGCCGUGACGUGGGCGCCGUCGCACGUGUCCACGCUGAGAACGGAGAGCUGGUGGCAGAGGGUGCAAAGGAGGCGCUGGACCUGGGCAUCACAGGGCCAGAGGGCAUCGAGAUCAGCCGGCCAGAGGAGCUGGAAGCUGAGGCCACGCACCGUGUGAUCACCAUCGCCAACAGGACCCACUGCCCCGUGUACCUGGUCAACGUGUCCAGCAUGUCGGCCGGGGACGUCGUGGCGGCUGCCAAGAUGCAAGGGAAGGUGGUGUAUGCCGAGACCACCACAGCCCACGCCACGCUGACGGGCUUGCACUACUACCACCAGGACUGGUCCCAUGCCGCGGCCUACGUCACCGUGCCUCCCCUGCGCCUGGACACCAACACCUCCAACUACCUCAUGAGCCUGCUCGCCAACGACACCCUGAACAUCGUGGCCUCGGACCACCGGCCGUUCACGACCAAGCAGAAGGCCAUGGGCAAAGAGGACUUCACCAAGAUCCCCCAUGGCGUCAGCGGCGUCCAGGACCGCAUGAGCAUCAUCUGGGAGCGCGGCGUGGUUGGGGGCAAGAUGGAUGAGAACCGCUUUGUGGCCGUGACCAGCUCCAACGCCGCCAAGAUCCACAACCUGUACCCACGCAAGGGCCGCGUCAUCCCCGGCGCCGACGCUGACAUCGUUGUCUGGGACCCCGAGGCCACCAAGACCAUCUCAGCUAGCACCCAGGUGCAGGGAGGGGAUGUGAACCUGUACGAGAACAUGCGGUGCCACGGGGUGCCGCUGGUCACCAUCAGCCGCGGGCGCGUGGUCUACGAGAACGGCGUCUUCAUGUGCGCCGAGGGCACUGGCAAGUUCUGCCCCCUCCGCUCCUUCCCAGAUGCUGUCUACAAGAAGCUCGUGCAGCGGGAGAAGAGUUUAAAGCUUAAGGGUGUGGACCGCACCCCAUACCUGGGGGACGUGGCUGUGGUGAUGCAUGCUGGGAAAAAAGAGACGGGGACUCCCCUGGCAGACACCCCGACCCGGCCGGCCACGCGACACGGGGGCAUGAGGGACCUCCACGAGUCCAGCUUCAGCCUGUCUGGUUCUCAGAUCGAUGACCACGUUCCAAAGCGAGCGUCGGCCCGGAUUCUCGCUCCCCCCGGAGGCCGCUCGAGUGGCAUUUGGUAACGCCGGUGACGCGUCUCCCGACUGAGCCGCGGCCCGGCCCCGCGCCCGCCCAAUGUAAGGCCACGCACCAGCCAC